UCACUUAGCAAUCAACUGGGGAAGUGAUCAGCUAGUGACAUUGGUCCGUGUUAAAACAAAGCCUUCAUGACACCAGAGCGGGAUCUAGUUAUCUUCUGCUUACCUCCCCUUAUCGGACUGCGGCGAUGGCGGCAAACUCAAGUUGUCGGCGCCACGACUGUCAGCUACGUCUAACAUAAAAAGAAAUUCUUGUGGGAAAAUUGAGAUGAUCACAAGUGGGCUGAACGAAACCAAAGAAAUCACAUGGCUAGAGUAUAGGAAGCAUGAGCACUCAGGGCUCUCAACAGAGUCGAGGUGGGCGCGGAUACAACAACAAUCGCUGGGGAUGGAGAGGUGGGCGUGGCUGGCGAGGGAGAGGGCGUGGCGGUGGUGGUUACUAUGGUAACAGAGGCAGAGGAUACAGAGGUUCAUGGUCACGCGGGGGAGGGUCAGUGAUGCCUGAUCCACAGCCGGGGCAUGGCGCUGUCCGUAGACCCAGACAAACAACACUCCUGGAGGUUCCCUCCCCAUACUCUGGCUGGUCUAUCUAUUUCCCGGAUGAAAUGUAUGUGGAGCAUUCUCCAGUGGUGAAGCGAGUGCAAGCCUUUGAAAAGUAUAUACUCAGUUGGAGACAGCUGUUUGAUUUUAAUGACAUUGAAGUUAAGAAGUACUUCGUUUUAGAUUUCAAGGAUCUAAAACAAGACCAGGGUUUACAGGGUGGUAUCCCUGAACUAGCUUCUGAGCUGAAGGACUCACCUGACAGACUGAUUGAUUGUAUGGGGUUAGCCAUGCACCAGGUUGUGAUGAGCAGUAGACAGCCGAGGAGAACCAGAUGGGAGAGGGCACCCCCGCCCCUAGCCCUGCCUGUCCCCCUACACCUCUCCCCAGAGUACAUGCUAGGGUGGUCAAACUAUGAUCACAUUGUACCACUCAAACACCUCAAAGCUAAUUACUAUGUUUGUGUCGUGAAGGGGACAGUUGUCCGAGUCAGCAAUAUCAAACCAUUGUGCACUAAGCUUGCGUUUGAGUGUAACAGUUGCGGGAUUGAGCAGAGUAUAGCUCUCCCAGAUGGGAAGUACACCAUGCCAACUGCUUGUCCGAAUACCGAAUGUCGAGGGAGGACAUUCACCCCUAAACGGGGCUCUGGCCUCACACAAACUAUUGACUGGCAAACUAUCAGAGUUCAGGAGGUGAUGGGAGAUGAACAGAAGGAGGCAGGACGCAUCCCCAGGACUGUUGACUGUGAACUGACGGAGGAUCUAGUUGACAGCUGUGUCCGGGACGUGGUGGUUGUGUCAGGAGGGGUCAAGGUCAACAGUACGGAUGAGGGCCGAAGCAGGAACAAAGAUAAGUGUAUGUUUCUUCUGUACAUACACGCCAAUUCUGUGAGCAACACUAAGGGAGGUAAAAAGUGUGCUGAGGGUCAGAGUUCAGGGGUUACCAUGGAGUUCUCCAUGAAGGAACUCUAUGCUGUAGAAGAGAUUCACAGUCAGAAGAAUCUGUUUAGGCUUUUAGUUGGGUCAUUGUGCCCAGCAAUAUAUGGACAUGAGAUUGUCAAAGCUGGUCUGUUGUUGGGUUUGUUUGGAGGGAGCCAGAAGUUUACAAAUGAUAGGAACCGUAUCCCGGUGCGUGGGGACCCCCACAUCCUAGUGGUCGGAGACCCAGGGCUAGGCAAGUCACAGAUGUUACAAGCUGUAUCCAACAUUGCCCCAAGAAGUGUAUAUGUCUGUGGGAAUACAACAACAACAUCAGGGUUAACAGUGACACUGUCCAAAGAUGGAGGAUCAGGGGAUUAUGCCCUGGAAGCAGGAGCCUUAGUGCUGUCUGACCAGGGUUGCUGUUGUAUAGACGAGUUUGACAAGAUGUCCAACCAGCACCAGGCCCUACUAGAAGCUAUGGAGCAGCAAAGUAUCAGUAUUGCCAAGGCUGGGAUAGUUUGCAGUUUACCUGCACGGACAUCAAUCCUAGCAGCAGCCAACCCAGUGGGAGGUCAUUACAACAAGUCUAAAACUGUCUCUGAGAACCUCAGGAUGGGAAGUGCCCUUCUCUCCAGGUUUGAUCUUGUCUUCAUCCUCGUGGACAAACCAGAUGAGGAAAUGGAUAACAUUCUGUCAGAUCAUGUGGUGGCAUUACAUGCUGGGAAAAGAUCAUUUUCCCAUGCUACAGCUAGAAGAGGGGGGGGUGAAGCUGUCAAUGUGGAGGAUGACCAUGACAAAAGUCUUAGUGAGAGGCUGAAGUUAUCCUGGGCUGAAGCAGGCACAUUUGACCCCAUUCCUCACCAGCUGUUAAGGAAGUACGUGGGAUAUGCCAGGAAAUAUGUUCAUCCUAAGAUUGGUAGAGAAGCUGCUCGUGUUAUACAAGAUUUCUACCUGAAGUUGCGUAAGCAGCACAGCUCUGACUGCACACCAAUCACGACGCGUCAGCUGGAGUCCCUGAUCCGACUGACAGAGGCCCGCGCCCGCCUGGAGCUGAGGGAAGAGGCAACAGAAAACGAUGCUGCUGAUGUCAUCCAGAUUAUGAAGUUCAGUAUGAGGGACACAUUUUCUGACGAGUUUGGUUGGAUGGAUUUCCAGCGGUCUCAGCAUGGCUCAGGGAUGAGUGGCAGGGCUCAGCCGAAGAAGUUUGUGGCAGCAUUACAGAGGGUCAGUGAGCAGACCUAUAACUCCAUCUUCACUGUGGAGCAGAUGAAACAAAUAGCUAUGGAAAUGGGUUUACGAGUUACAGACUUUGAAGGGUUGAUUUUGUCACUGAAUAAUCAGGGCUAUCUACUGAAGAAAGGUCCCAAGGUGUACCAGCUGCAGACAGCUGGAUACUGAUGUUAACCAUGAAAACUUCUUGUCGUGUUCCCACACUGGUGAAAAGAUUGAUCACUGGUCACCACUGAAGGCAACGCUUGUAGGCUAUAGUUUGUUAUGGUAGGGGCGUAGAGUACAGUAUCAAAUGUAUGAUGUGCUGUCCUUGCCAAAACAUUCAGCUAAAGUGUUCAUCUAGCCCAUCAGCCAGUCUGCCCAUGACCAAUGAGAACACAGACUCAAAUCCAGCUCACACUCGCUCAGCCACAGCUUUCUCAUUAGGUAUGUCAGACACCUGGCCAAGGUCAGUGAUUUACUCCGGGCACUCCGGUGUCCUCCACCCGUAUACCUAAUUGCUGACCUGUAAGUGAACAAUCUCUGAGUAUGUGUCAAAAACCACGCCCAGGCAUACAUUGUACAUUUAUAUGUGAAUGGACAUUAGUAUUGUCAGCUAAAGUUAAAAUACACACAUUAAAAUGACACAUUUUUGUCAUGUUCACAGUUUUUUUGUAAAUAAACUUAUGUUGUUAUUUUUGCUCUAUUGUAUUUAUGUGUUUGUCUUUAUUUCUGUUAGACAUGAGAUAAGAAUCAUACCUGACACUUGAACAUUGUUAAUCUUGGCACUACGUCGCUUAGUGCUCAGCACAAAUAAGCCAAGUACUU